CUAGGAUACCCCGGUCGGAAAACGCUGAUGCAGAUAUGCUUUCAAAAUUGACACAAGCCUGCCCGGAGCAUGUGUCGAAGUUGGCAAAAAUUGAGAUCAUGGACGUACCGAGUACAGAUCGGUUUGAAAUCGCGGAUAUCCAACCGGGCCAAAAUUCGGCUACCGGGACAAUUGGAGCAGAUGAUGACUGGAGGCACGAUCUCAUGGAAUAUUUGGAGACCGGUCAGAAACCGGAUGACGAGGAACGGGCCAGGAAGGUGGUCCUGCGGGCUCCACGUUUUCAGGUAAUCGAUGGUCACUUGUACAAACGUGCCAUCGGUGGACCUCUCUUACGUUGCCUUACCAACCCAGAGGCUGAACGGGUAAUAGCUGAGGUGCAUGAGGGAGUUUGUGCGGCCCAUCAAAUGUCUCGCACCCUGGCUCAAAGGAUAAUAUUGCUUGGCUACUACUGGCCGACCAUUGUGGGGGAUUGUGAGCGGUAUGUCCAGAGAUGUAGGAUGUGCCAGGUAUUUUACAAACGUCCCGGCAGACCGGCCACAUACUACCAACCAACGUCUAACGUCAUACCAUUUGCCCGGUUUGGGAUUGACAUUAUUGGAGCCUUCCCGGUCGCCCAAGGCGGGAAGAAGUUCAUGAUGGUGGCUAUUGAUUACUUCACUAAAUGGGUCGAGGCCGAGGCAAUGGCUACCAUAACCGUGCGGCAGUGUGAGAAAUUUGUUUGGAAAAACAUUAUCACCCGGUUUGGUGCCCCGAAGAUGAUUGUUACCGACAAUGGUCCGAAGUUUCGUAACCCCCGGUUCACUGAGUACUUGGCUAGUUUUGGAAUCAAGCACAGCAAGGCCUCAGUAGCUUAUCCACAGGGAAAUGGCCAAGUUGAAAAUGCUAACCGGACGAUAGUGGACGACCUAAAGAAGAGGUUGGGAGAAGAAGGCCAUAAAUGGUUGGAAGCUUUGCCUCACACGGUCUGGGCGCAUAGGGUGACUUCAAGAAGGGCAACCGGAGAAACUCCAUUUGUGCUCACUUACGGAUGUGAAGCUCGGUUUCCAGUUGAAGCGGAAAUUCCAACAUUUAGAGAAACCGUGUAUCAGCCCGGCCAGAACGAGGUCGACCACCUAGCUGAGUUGAAUCUGGUGGAAGAACGAAGGACCAUAGCAGCUGUUAAGAUGACCGGUUAUCAGCAGUCGGUAAAGCGGUAUCAUGACAACCGGGUAGGACUGCGAUACUUCCAGGUGCAUGAUGAAGUCUUGCGCAGGAGGGAUGCUAGUAAGCCUAAUGAGAGGGGCAAGCUGGCGCGUAACUGGGAAGGGCCCUAUCGUGUAAAAGCAAUUGUCAGACCGGGCACUUACCAGUUGGAGACUAUGGAAGGUAGCCGGGUCGAGCGACACUGGAACUCUCACCACUUACGUAAAUUUUAUAGAUAAAGUGUAACNGUUUUGAAGGAAAACUCAAGGUUUGCCUAUCCACACGGGGCGUUGAGCCAUUGUGGAAACAGGUCAGCCUUAAAGUCUUCCCGGCUGACUAUCCAGUCUUUCGAAAAGACUUGGGUAAAAUUGUAUUCUAAGCCGGGUAAAUACAGCCGGGCUGUUAUUUAUUAAUCUAAACGGUUAAAGAAUCCAAGAUGAAGAGAAAUGAUGAGAAAUGAUAACAUAAAGCAUAUUUUCAUUA